GAUGCAAUCAUGGAGUUUUUCAAAGAGCAUGCCGUGAAGGGCAAGACGGACACAGAGAUCGUCAAGGUCGUGAUCGGUUGGGACAUUGAAGAGUUCCGAGAGAACAUCUCAAAGUUGAAGGAGCUGAAGAAGAGGCUGGAUGAGAAGGACAGUAGCGACCCGGAG